GUGAUGGAAGCCGACUCUCUGCUGGUCAGUCUCCGCAUGGAGGCUGCUUACAUCAAGAAACUUUUCUCUUUUAACUGGGUGUGCCAGUUCGGUCUGGUGGAAAAUAUCGAGGUGGUGGUGCAGGAGUACCGGCAGAGCCGCGGGUUGCUGCCCGUCCGUCUCUGUGUACUGGGCCCUCCUGCAGUAGGUAAAACCACAGUGUCCAAAAAGAUCUGCGAAUAUUACCGACUCCAUCACGUCACAGUGAAAGGCACCGUCUCUGACACCAUCGCCCGGCUGGAACAUGCUGUCAGGAAUCCUGAUCCCGGUGAAGGGCAGUCCACACAAGAGGCCCAGGAGCAGCUGAGCAUGAUGAAGGAACGCCUGGAACAGAACCCAGGUCUGGAGGAGGAGCUGCUGUUGAACGUGAUGAGGGACGAGCUGAUGACUCACCCGUGUAAAAACCAGGGUUAUGUGUUGGAGGACUUUCCCCAAACACGUGAACAAGCCAAAGAGCUCUUUGACGGUAAAGAAGAGGAUGCAACAUCCCAGAAUUCUUUAACCAGCAUUAUACCCGAGUUUGUGUUGUGCCUGAAGGCCACAGAGGCCUUCCUGUUGGAUCGAGUGCUCAACCUGCCCGAGAGCCGCGUGCAGGAACACAACUGCGAGCCAGAGAACUUCUCGAGGCGGCUGGCUGCUUACAACGAGAAACAGUCGGAGGAUGAUGUGGUCCUCAACUACUUUUAUGAGCAUGACAUCAUCCCUCUGCAGUUUGAGAUCAGCAGCAACGCUGAAGCAGACUGCCUGCCUCUGAUGCAGAAGGUCAUUGACAUGGUGGGCCAGCCCAGAAACUACGGUCCCAGCAGCCAGGAGGUGAAGGAGGAGGAGAGGAGGAAGGCUGGCGAGAGGCUGAGGAGAGAAGCCCAGGAGAGAGCAGAGGUGGAGCAGAUGGAGGCCGACGAGGCCAGAGCCAGGGCUGCACGCUGGGCUGAGUGGACUAAGAAGCUGGAGCAGGUGAGGCAGCAGGAGGAGGAGGAGCUGGAGGCCACGUCGCGCCCCAUGAGGGGCUACCUGAUGGAACAGGUAGUGCCCACGCUGAGCCAGGGUCUGACUGCAUGCUGCCGAGCUCAACCACAGGACCCCGUGGACUUCCUGGCAGAGUACUUGCUGAAGAACAACCCUUUUGAAGUCGAUCACGAGCAGCUUUCCUAGCCGAGGAGAAUUUCCUUUGAGUCUUUGAGACUCGUCAGAGCAUUUCAGUCGUCACACGCCAAGUGUCCCCAACUCCAUGCUGGGAUUUUGAUUAGGUGUGAUUUGUAAGUGGCCCAUUCUCCUGCCCCUGUUGCAUUCAUACACGGUUUGUUUGGGCUCUCGUGUGCUGGCCGUUACUUAAAAGCAACCCAAAAAGCAGAUGAAAGUGUGCACAAAACCAGGAGCUAAUUAGGAAGUUAAUUUGCUUAAUAAACUUGGUAAACUGUAAAGCAGACACGCUCGGGUCAUAAUUGCUUUGAUUUAGCUUCAGAUUUCCAGGAAGGAUAAAUGUUACGAAUGGCAGCUAAUUUGUCGGUCUCUCAUGUUGCCACUCGUGACUCCAAAGUGUACAUAAUUGGUUGCGACAGAACACCAAACGAUUUCAUUGUACGUACUUAAUCACCACAUGGGGAAAUUAGUGGAGUUUAUUUGGGAAACACUGUGAUGCAAGCUGCUGCAACACUGUUGGACUGCAGCACGUGUGCCCCCGGUACACACACACACACACACACACACACACACA